AUGAAGCGAGUGAAAGUGCACACAGAAGCAGCAGCAGCAGCGGCAUCCCUGGUAAACCGUCUAGCCUCGAUCCUCCUCUCCGUCAUCUCCCCCCCGUCUCCAUCUAGCAUGCUCAUCGUCGUCCUCCUCAUCUCCCUCCUCUCCUCCCGUCCACGCCCCUGCCUCCUCGCUUCCUCUCCCCCGGUCACCGCCGCCACCCUCGUCUACCUCGAGCCCCUCCGCCCCCCCUCCCAGAAGCUCGCCGGCGCCCUCCCAACGCCGGCGCGCUUCGUACCUCUGUCAGCCGCCGCGGUCAACUGCUCCCCUCCUGCCCUCUACUACUACACUGCGCUCGGCUUCCUCAGGACUACACCCGCCUGUUCCUCCUUCUUCGUCUCCUCCAUGGGCGGCUCCAUCCUCCUCUCCCUCCUCCGAACCCUCUCCCUCCCCCUCGACGCCGUCUCCUCCCUCCUCCUCCUCCUCAACUUCUCCGCCGUCGGCGUCCUCUCCGUCUUCUCCUCGUCCGUUCCCAUCCUCGUCAAGCAGUCCUACAUGGUUGCGCUGGCGAUCAUCGUCGCCGCUUGGUUUACCCAGCUGCCCGAGUGGACCACCUGGAUACUGCUUCUAGCUCUGGCUAUAUAUGAUUUGGUCGCCGUGCUUGCCCCGGCUGGCGCCCUCAGAAUGCUGGUCGAACUGGCUUCUAGUCGGGACGAGGAGUUGCCGGCCCUCGUCUACGAGGCCGUCCGACAGCCAACAGCAGCCGGGCGGUGGCCCCUGCUCUUGCUACUGUUGCUACCGUUGCUAUGAACGUGGAGAUGCAGCCGCGUGACUUCUACUAGCUUCUGGGGUUUCUGGCGAUGGAUCUGCCGUGGUGAGAUGGGCAGGAUGCCGCUGCGCGCCGCGGAGGAGGAGGAGGAGAGGGCUCCGUUGUUUGGGGAUAGGAACGCUGGGGAGGGCAAUGAUGAUGAUGAUGACGACGAUUUGAUGGAGGUGAGCAGGGGGAUUCGGCUGGGUCUUGGGGAUUUUGUGUUCUACAGCGUCCUUGUUGGGAGGGCGGCGAUGUAUGAUCUGAUGACGGUUUACGCCUGCUAUCUUGUGAUUGUGUCGGGGCUUGGAUGCACGUUGAUAUUGUUGACGGUGUGGCGGAGGCAGGCGUUGCCGGCCUUGCCCAUUUCGAUCAUGCUGGGGGUGGCUUUCUAUUUCUUGACGCGGUUGCUGAUGGAGCCGUUUGUUGUUGGGGCCUCUACUAACUUGGUGAUGUUCUGACUGUUUAAGCUUCUUGAUUUUUUAACUCUUGUUCUGACGAAGAUGAUGAUGGUGUUCUGUUAAUGUAUGAAAUGGGCAUAUGAUAGCAGUAAUCAAUAGAAUGGUAGUUGUCAACAAGGAAGGUAUAGGAGUAAUGUGUAGCAUCCUUUAUCAAUCUAGUCCCCUGAUUCCUAAUUUA